CCUGAUGAUAAUCACAAAAAAUGCGCCUGCAGGUUGCCUCCUGCAUCAUCUAAGUACGAGUAGUGUCUCUUUCUUCCACUGACAGGCAACGGAUCGACCCUGCAUUUCACAUGCCGGUUAAGUUCCUCUGCGGGGUCAACGCUUCGGGCAAUUAGGGCUCAGGGCAAUGACCCAAGCCCUGCUUACCACUUCAGGACGGAGGACGGAACGGACAGACAGGCUAGGCUGACGCGGAGCCUCCCUUCCCGCAUUGGCUUCGCCCUCGCCUUCCAGUUGACGAUAAGCAGGACCCCAGCGGAGAAAGAGGAAGACAGGAAGGAGAAGAGCGCAUCUCGCACCACCACGACGCUGCCAUGACAUGAUCGACACUCCGCGACUCAUCUCCCAUCCAAUUUAAUCCGGAUCCUUCGGAGGGGUUGUUGCAACCCCCCCCCAAAUCACACCAUGUAUCACCUCGCCAAGUCGCUGUACAUGUACGCCACGAGUAAAGAGGAAUACUCCGUCCUCCUCCUCGGCCUCGACAACGCCGGCAAAACCACCCUCCUCUCCCAGAUCAAAGCGCUCUACCAGCCCCCGCGCGCCGAUGGCAGCCUCCCGGCCUCGCUCCUCCCCGCCAGCAUCGGCAAGACCGUCCCCACCGUCGGCCAGAACGUCGCCACCAUCUCGCUGCCGGACAUGUACCUGAAGAUUUGGGACGUGGGCGGCCAGAUCUCCAUGCGCAACCUCUGGCAGAGCUACUACGCCAGCUGCCACGCCAUCAUCUUCGUCGUCGACAGCGCCGACGUCGGCCAGGACCCGGACAUCACGCGGCUCCCGCAGCGGCGGCGCGCGAGCGGGGGCGGCGGUGACCUCGGAUCCACCUCCCCGACGAACGUGACCUUCACGGCCGAGAAUGUCGGGAUCAACGCCCCCGGGAGCGACUUCGGGCGGCUGGACGAGUGCCGGCAGGUGCUGGAGUCGGUGCUGAAGCACGCGGACGUCGCCGGGGUGCCCAUCUUGGUGCUGGCCAACAAGCAGGACCGCGAGGACUCGGUCGAGGUCGUCCGCAUCAAGGAAGGGUUCGUGCGCAAGGUCUUCGAGGGUGAGUCCGGGGCGGGCGUGCGCGACAGCCGCGUGCUGCCGGUGAGUGCGCUGAUGGGGUCCGGCGUGCAGGAGGCGGUGGAGUGGGUGCAGAGUCGGGUCAAGUGGAAUAAGGAGGGGCGGCCGCCAGUGAUGCGGUGA